AUGAAAGUCAGCAAAGUAGCUAUAUUGCUGAUCUGCGUUUCAUUCCUGACUCCCCAGUGUGACUGCGGUGGCUCAACUAGCAGUGGUUCAGCUAGCAUUGAAAACGUAGAUUCGCCUGGCUUUGUUGAAAACGUAGAUUCGCCUGGCUAUGUUGAAAACGGCUACUACAUAAAAAAUGGAACUAAAAUAAAGAUUUCAGAUAUAACCGCGAAGAAUUCUGAUAAGCUUCGGGUAAUUGUUGAAGAAUGUAUGAAACAUCAACCAGCCGGAGUUUACUUAGACAUACAGCUUUUCAACGACCACAAUG